AGCACGAUCGGGUCGGCAGAAACACUCACGUCCACCAUAUUUCAGAAAUUUUCAUUAACUACGAGUGGCCAUAAAUGAAUUUAUUCAUUGUUUAUCGAUAUAAAAAUCAAACAACCUUUAUAAUGUCGCGCUGUGGAUUCGACUGACUAAUCUUAUCUUAAAUAAUAAUAAAACCACACUUUGUUCAUGUUUAUCUCCGUUGGUGAUUUGUGAGGGAAUGUUCUAAAUUUAUAUCAACAUUUUGCGGUGCUGUGACUUGUGUUGUGAAGGUGUUUAAUCAAAAAAAGUUAAGAUAUGGGUGACGCAGUAAUAGAAGUGGAUGGAAUUCCCGAGGAGAGACAAAAGAUGAUCAAGCACUUUCACCAUACAAGAAGCAGCAUUAUUGACUUUAAGGCUCAAAUAUUGGAAAAAGUCCUACAGAACUCCAAAGAAGGAAUAGAAGAAACAGUUAGGUACUACACGGAAGAUUUGGAAAAUCAUCCCGAGGAUGGGUUAAUAAACUACAGAUAUGACAAACACAAUAAGAAAACAAUUUUGAUUCUAGCAUGUAUUGAAAAAAGUGUCACCCCCGAAACUCUGGACGUACUAUGUUCUGCAAUAAAAGCUAGAUACAACAAAAUUGAUUAUAUAGAUGACCUUUAUUACGGGUGGGAGCCAAUACAUUAUGUAGCCAAAUCUGCAGAUGUAGAAAAACUUAAAGUUAUUUUGAAGCAAAUACCAGAAUCUACCAAUUCUUUAACAUACUUCUCGGAAAAUCCUUUACAUAUCUUAUUACAAUAUAAAAAAUCGGUGUCGCCUUUUGAGGUCGUAUUACAUAACGGUAUUGAGCCUAAACUAACUACAAUUAUUGGACCGGAACCAAAAGAUAUAGUAGCUUGUGCUGAUCUUCUUAUUACAAAUGGUGCUGAAGUUAAUCACACUAACUUUUGGAAUGAAACUCCAAUCUGUUUAGCUGUAAGAUAUAGAUAUACUCACUUGAUACAGCUGCUACUGAAAAUAGAUUAUAUAGAUAUAGAUACGUGUAUAGAAACGGGAAAAACUAUUCGAGAAUACCUAAAACUUAACUUGUUUACCGAUCUACCUCAGUCCUAUGUUCAAGAGGAUCCCGCAGUGAUUAAAUUCAAUCUUUUGAAGGCAGGUGAUGUAGAAAAUUUUAUACAGUAUAACGCAGAAAGUAUAAUGAACAAUACAAACUAUUUUGAUGGAUAUGACGAUUACACGACGUGCGGAAACAUGCUACAGCUUUGUAUGCGAAAAGGAUUUCUGGAAUAUUUACAGGAUGAACGCAGUAAGCUUAAGCGGCUAACUAAUUAUGAUAUAAAUGAUACUCCAAUGCUUACGGUUUUCAAGUCUAAAGGUUACUUAAGGUGCAUCAUAUACUUGCUGGAUAAUGGUGCCGAUCCAUUCAAAACAUCAAGAAAAUUUCCAACAAACCUUCUGGAGUAUGCUUCCUUACGAGGAUAUUACCCUUUCGUAGCUGUUCUUUUGCAACACAAAUUCACCAAAAUCAACUCUAACGGAAUCUUCCCGGUUCUAUCCAAAAUGUACAAUAAACAGAAAAUGCCCUUAUAUAACUACGACUUCUAUAGAUAUUGCGUCUUAUAUUUACUUCUAAAUAGGUUAGUAUAUCUGGUUAGACUAAAUCAAGAAAAGUUAACAUCCAAACGACUUGCCAUAUUAAAUAAGCUUCUUCAUCAGCUAAAUCUUGAAGCCAAUGACAAGAGGGUGGACGAUUCCGAAAUAAUCUGUCAAGUAUUGCACUUGGGUGCGAGUCUGACUUCAACCAAAGAAACGAAAAAUAAUAACCAUGAUGUAUCUAAUGGAAUCAAUGUUACGUUUAACAAGGACUCUAAUGCUACAAUCGAAGAAAAGAAAAUGGCGAUAGAACGAAUAAAUCAACAUAUUUUAAAAAUGCAUUUGGAUGAUUCCAUAAACGGAAGAAAAUUUAAGUAUGACACUAUUAUACAAGAUGAUGACAAGGUUUAUAACGAAAAUAGGACACUACAUUUUUUGGCAAAAGACGAACACAAAAAACAUUUACUUUGCCAUCCGUUAUUAAUACAACUAGUUAAGAAUAAAUGGUAUAAAGUUCGCUGGUUCUUUUAUGCCGACUUGAUAUUUUACGCUAUUCUUCUUAUAAAUAUUUAUGCUUAUAUGAUCUCUUUACGUUUUAACUAUUUUUACACUUUUUUAAACUGGUUGUAUUAUUUUUCAAUCGGGUUUCAUGCAAUAAAAGAAGGUUUACAACUAUUUUUCUUGUACAGGUGGAAGUAUUUCAUGGAUCUUUCAAAUAUUCUAGAAGUUACAACUAUUGUCAGCUGUUUAUGGACUAUUAUAUACCCCAACAUUUACACGUCCAUUCUUGCCAUGCUUAUUGCAACGUUCAUAUUUUUUGUUAUGUUAGGACAGCUUCCUUUCUUUACUAAAUACACCAUCAUAUUCAGUUCCAUAAAAUAUUUCUUCCAGUAUACUGGAUUUUAUUUUAUAUUAUUCGUAUGUUUCGCUCUCUGUUUCUACAUUGUUACACCUUUUAAAGACAGUAAAGGCAAAUCGCCAGAUUGGGCUGGUAUAUUCAAAAGCCUCUUUUACACCUUGAUUUACUUUACAGGGGAAUUUAAUGAAAAUGUUCUAGAACCUAUUGAUUAUCCAAUUUUUGGAAGAUUCAUCAUGACCAUUUUUAUCAUUGCUAUGACCAUUAUCCUCAACAAUCUCCUGGUGGGUUUAAUAGUGGCCGAUAUGGAUAAGAUACAAAAGACGAGUAGGUUACACAAACAGAUCAAAUUGGUUAGUUUUAUUAAAAGUACGAACACUUUUGCAAAACGAUUGCACACUUUAAAGUAUAUGGAUUUUGUAAAACAAAUUAUUAAUCACGUAAAUAUUUUUCAUAAAGGUAAGCCAAAAGUACUUAAAUAUGUUGACCUUAACCACUUUGAUGACGACAAUAAAGCAUACCUUAGGGAAAUCAAAAAGUAUCAGCCAUUUAAAAGACACAUGUUAAGGGACUUGUAUCUUUCGUUAAAAGAAUAACUAACUAUAUGAAGGGCCAGAGAGAAAAACGAUGAAUGUUAAUUUUUGGUCAUUUUGUGAUUUUUGUGCAAUAUGUUAGCUUAGAAAGAGUACUAUCAACCUGUGAAUGGCCAAGGGGAAAUAAGGAUGAGAUUCGUUUCAAAAGCACGUCACACGAUUGAACGCAAGGGGGAAAAACAUUGUAUAUGUAACUUUGUUUCUCAUUUUACCGAAAAUGCUUCAAGAUGACAUUCAUUGUUCUUCCCCCUGACCUGACCCUUCAUAUGUAUUCCCCACUAAGUUCGUUAAUCCAUUUAUCAAUUUGUUAUAGCAUGUUUUUAAAAUUAAAAGCCAUCUAGUCUUGUGGGUUCUGUGGCACUAUUUUCCACUAUAUGCCCUCAUUUUCUUCAGCUCUUUUAGUAUAUUUUGAUUCUGAUACAUCACCAGUUAAAUUUUGACCACAUUAGAUGUUGAAUUGCAAAGAAAGAUAUAUUUCCCGCGAUUACUCGCAUUUCAACUUCCCGUUCUACAUUCUUGUCGUUAGUCAUUGCUCCUAGUUAUUAAAAUUCUUUGACCACCUCGAAGUUAUUGUCAUUUCUGCAUCAACAAGGCUAUUCAAUCCGGAUGGAAUGUUGGCCGCCCUUACGUAGAGCUCUCUGAUUCGUUUAUUGCGGUGAAUAACUCCGCAUUCCACUUGUAUGUUGUCAAAGUUUGUUAUAUGACUUAGUUUUCGAUACAAUUUUCUUCAAAUCACUUUACUAUGUACAUAGUUCCCUCCCGUUUCUCACUUUCAGAACUUUGAUAUCUCUCAUAACCUGGUCCUCCCAUUUCUAUCUGGGUCUUCCCCUUUGUCUUUCAAUUUCUGGUUUCCAUCUAGUGAUCUUCUUAAUCAAUAGGUCGUUUUUCCUUUUCUCUAUGUGUCCUAGUCAUCUCAGUAUCUACACUUUAAUAAACCUAACUAUCUCUUCUCCUUUCAUUAUGUCUCUUAGUUCAUGGUUCAUUAUUCUUCUCAUUUAUUCUUUGUCCAUUCUUAUCGAGGCCAUAAUCCGUCUGAGGAUUUUCCUUUCAAAUAUUCUCAAUUGUAUGAUAUGGGUGCCUAUGAUAAUAUAUUCCCUUGUUCGCUGGUACGUGUUAUGUACUUAUAAAGGACCACGUAAUCGGUUUAUGGUGCUUUCCUUUGUUUAAAGGACAUCGCACACAUCUUAUGGAAAAUAUAAUGUCACUCAAAUUCAAUAAAAUUUAUACGAGUAGAUUCGUUUUAAAUUAACGGUCAAAUCUUAUCAUUGCGCCAACUCUUAAUUAUGAUUAAUUACGGCGCAAAUUGCAAUUAAAGUUUAUCGAAAUCACAUUUUUGGAGUCAGUAAAACUGUCAGUUACAAUUACUAUUGCUCUGGGUGCUAUUCAAAAGAGCUUAAAAACCCCGCUGGGCCUAAGCGGAUUAGUGAAACUAAUCCGCUGAUUUAUGGAGUACCGACAAUUUGGGUAUUAUAAAAUAUUUUUUCUCUCUCUAACUUAUGUACGUAUCCAUUUGAUUUCAGAUUUAUUUAUAUCAAUUUCUGCUCUUAUUAUUGAAAAUAUGGAGUUGGCGCAAUGAUAAGAUUUGACCGUUAAUUUAAAACGAAUCUAUUCGUAUACAUUUUAUUGAAUUUGAGUGACAUUAUAUUUUCCAUAAGAUGUGUGCGAUGUCCUUUAUCCAUUCUAUUCCCGAUUUAAUCUUUUAUGACUUUGUAGUAGCUCCAUCAUGACUUUCUCCUUUCUUCAAAGAGAGUAUUCACUGGAGAAAUAUAGUCACAUUCCAGUUUCUAAUUCUCAUUAGAUAUGUUGUAUAUUCUGUAAUUUUCAAUAUCAUAUGCAAUAAUCUAUGCACUCUAUAUACACUCACCGGCACAAAAUUCCGCAACCCAAAAUUUUUGAUUAAGUUUGACAAUCUAUAACUUUAUUAUUUGUACUCUGAUUUUCAAGAUUCUUGCAUCAGGUUGUAGGUACAUGUAUUGAUGUCGUUUGAUAUUAUUCCAGUAACAAAAAUGUUUUGCUUAGAUGGCAUUAGACGGGGUGAAUGGAACUGUUGUUUUUUUUUCCUAACUUUAAAAAAUUCUGUGGAAAAAUUGGAGGGCUGAUUUUAUUUUAUACUACUUUUGUAUCAUCCUCGAGGUAUCAUUAAGGUUUUGUUUUUUGAAUUAUCCGAAUAUCUCUUUUCUUGUAAGAGCUGUAAAUAAAAACAGUGCUUUGAAGGUUUAUUUAAUUAAAAAUAUCAAAUGCACUUAAAUUAACAAAACAAAACAAAAUUAACAACAAAACAAAUCAGUUUAAUAGUGGGUAUGUCCACCUCUUGCAGCAAUGACUGCUCGCAAUCUGUUUAGCAUUGAAUAAAUAUGUUCUAUCCUUGCCUGGGGAUGGCUUGACAUUCCUCUAGCAGGGCCAUAACUGUACCAAAUUUUCUGGAGGACUAGGAUGACAGCGAAUAGCUUUUUUUAAUUCAUCCCAUAAAUUCUCAAUAGGAUGGAGAUCUGGGCUGCAUGCGGGCCAUUCUAAUCUUAUCCAAGCUCUAUUUUAUGAGUCAUCAGUGUUUUAUUUACAAAAAAUGGUACAGCUCUUACAAGAGAAGAGAUAUUCGGAUAAUUCAAAAAACAAAAUUUUAGUGAUACCUCAUGCAUAAUACGACAGGACUAUGAAACAAAAUCAGCUAUUCCAUUUUGCCACAGAAUUUCUUAAAUUUAUGAGAUAAUACAACGUUUCCAUUUACCCCUGUAUAAUGCCAUGCAAGCAAAUUUUUUUGUUACUGGAAUAAUACCGAACGAUAUCAAUACAUGUACCUACAAACUGGUGAAAGAAUCUUAAAAAUCGGAGCACAAAUAGUAAAGUUAUAAAUUGUCAAACUUAAUCAAAAAUUUUGGUUGGCGGAAUUUUGUGCCGGUGAGUGUAGUUAUUUCUACUUUAUAUGACAUUUAGUUUUCAACUCUUGAUAACAUAUCAACAUCAAAUUAAUUCAAAAAUUGCGCUGUGAUUAUAUGAGAGUGUAGUCUGUGUACUCAUUUCAUGAUAAUAUUGAUGAUAUUAAUUCUUGAUAAUAGUGAUGAUACAGUGAAUUGUGUAAUAUAUUACUUGUAAGAUAAAUAGUUUAUAAGUUUGUGGUUAUGACUGAUUAAAGUAAUUGUUGAAUUUGAUAAAUAUAUUACAUUUUAAAAAGUAAACAA